ACAGCCGCGGAGCGAGUGGCUCCGCCAGCUCAGCCGUUUGCCUCUGGCUGACGCGGUCUCGGCUUUGCAGGAUGGCCCCGCAGAGCGACCGCUCGCCGGGCGAAGGGCAGCCCUAUUUCGGUGGUGCUGACGACCCUCCCUCAGCCGCCGGCGGUAGCGGCUCCGCAGGCAGCCGAGGCGGCUCCCCAGCCCGCACCGCCCUGGCCCCGCGGGAGACGUCUGCGGCCCGCAGAAAGGGGAAGGGGCGGCGGGGCCGUGGCAAGGCGUGGAGCGAGGGUCUGCUGAGCAAGCAGAAGAGGAGUCGGCGGAUGAAGGCUAACGAUCGGGAGCGGAACCGCAUGCAUCACCUCAACUCCGCCCUGGAUGCGCUCCGCAGCGUCCUGCCCACCUUCCCCGACGACGCCAAGCUCACCAAGAUCGAGACGCUCCGCUUCGCGCACAACUAUAUCUGGGCACUCACCCAGAGCCUCCGACUGGCAGAGCAGGGCCUGCCCGAGCCCCCCUCUCAGCCGCCGCCGCCCCCCGCAGUCGCCGCCUCUCCGGGGCCAUGGGACUCGCCUUGCCCCGUCGCUCCGCCGCCCGCUGCCCUGCGCCGCGGCCCUGCCGCCUUCCCUGCUUUCCUCUGAGCCCGCCGCCCGGCUUCUUGCGCCCCACUUUUGGCCUUCAGGUAGCCGGUGGGGCAGAGAGGGACCACACCCUGCGCUGAGCGCCGGGUGCCCCGCGCCCCGUCCCGUCCCGCUUGGCUGGAGCGCAGCGGGGGCGAACGGGCAAAACCAAAUCACGGUUUUGUACUCGGAAACGGUAAAUUAUAUUAAUUUGUCGCUAACGGUAUUUAUUGAUUAUAUUUCGUAACAAAUAUAUAUUUUGUACAUAAGAGUAUUUUUGGCAGCGGU